AUGUCCAUUUUUAAUGAGACAAUAUUACCACAAAUCCUUGAUAUACCAAAAACAUACAUAAAAGCAUUUAAUGACGAUCUUAAGGCCGCGCGUGCCUGCUUGGAUAAGUUUAAAGAGGAGUUUAAAAAUGGUGCAAAAGCGCGUGAAAAGGCGCCUCAAGAUAAAAAUGUGUUGACAACUCUUCAGAUUAUCAAUGAGGAUGAAGAUGAAAAGCAAACUAACAAACCUAAAACAAGCAAUGAACAUAAUUCUACCGAGGGAAGUAGUGAAAAGCGGGGCUCAAAGAAACGCAGUAAAAAUGAAGUGGAUGGUAUACUAAGUCCUGAACAGGACAAACGUCAAAAGAGGAACGCAUCGGUUAAAGCUCAGAGUAUUAUUAGUAAACAGGUGAAUGUAAACUUGACCCAGAAACUUCGCCGUGAGAAUUCCAUUGAAAAGGCAAGAAACCGUCAGGACAAUGAUGAUGAUAAAGAGAAUACUCAACAAAUACCUGCUGUGCGGAUCAAGCAAGAGAAGAUAUCGCUUCCUCCUGAGCCGGAAAAAAUGGAAACAGUAUCUUUACCAUUGAAUAUUGAUGUUAAACAGGAACCAAAUAGGGAUGGAUUGGCAAUGCCACCUCCUCCUGCACCAGUACGGAAAACACGUAAAGGCGCUAAAAAGCAGACUGAGGAUAAGAGUGAUGAAGAGUCACAGAUGGGUGCUCGUUCCAAGAAGCAAAGCGAAAUUGUACCAGUACAAAGAACCACCAGAUCAAGUUCUCGGACAACCAAACAAUUGGAAAACGAAGAGCCUGUUAUUCCUGAAACAAGGCCAAAACGAACCAGAGCUAAAAAAGCCACACCCAAUGCGUCCAUUGAAACCACCCAGGAUACUACGAUUGCGUCCCCGGCAGAUAAGAGGCCGAAGCGAACGCGGCGACGUCGAAAAUCCUCUGACAACCAAAAAGAGCAACCCGAGGAAGUUGAACAGCCACCAGAGAUUAUAUCACCAAAAGAAGAGAGAAUUUCACAACCAGAACAGAAUACUAGCUCACCGAUAUUGCCAAUAACAAUUAAAACCAAGAACAAGAAAAAUUUAACCAUUACAGAAAAAAGUGUUCUUGAAAAUGGAAUUGGUGAACAACAUACCAUUGAAGCAGAAAAGGCAGAAAGCACAAGAAUUGACGCUGAUCCUGUAUUCAAUGAGGCACAAAAAAAUGUAACAUUAGACUUGGAAACUGAUAAUGAAAAUGGUAGAAAUAAUAAAGGUCAAAGGAAUAAAGAGGAGAAGAGGGAUUUGAGUAAUUUAAAUGCUACUGUGACGAUUUCCAAUGAAGUUGAUAAAACGAUUGUUAUCCCUGAUGCUGAUGCAGCGUACGAUCAAAGGGAUUUACCUAAAGCCAAUAUGAUUAACGAGACGGUCGUACUAGACUCUCGCGCCAGCGAUACGAUCUCUUCUAAUAAGACUCACGUUAUUUUGGAUGCUACCGUUGUCAUCGAAAGAGCGCCAAUGGCAACGAAUAUAACUGAAGACAAUUCGCUGUUGACCGACGACGACUCAAUAGAAGUGAAAACGCCUCCCAAGAAACCCCCCCAAGUACAACCCACCUCUGCUGUGAAAGAGAAAGUACAGCAAUUUGAAGAAUUGGCGUCCAGAGUUACGAGGACAAAGACACGAGCGUUGACCAAAAAGGAUGACGCGAAUGAGAAUCAAACGCCCCCAGACAAAGUGAUCAAGCCCGCUCUCGCCCCAGACACACUGACAAAAAUGAACAACUUAAUUUUCAAUGGAAAAAUGCCGCAGGUCAUCCAAUCUGCUUCAAAGAUUACCGUUUCCUCCCAAAUGAAGUCCUUUAUUCCAACUUCCACUUCGAAAUUGAGCGGUAUCAAUAAGGCACGCGAGGCUGCGGAAGAGUCUAAAAAGGAGAAAGAAGACGCAAGAAGAAAGAAAGAGGCGUUGCUUGAGGCAAAGAGAGAGAUGCAUAGACGAAAAAGAGAAGAAAAGAUGGCGGCAGCAGCAGCAGCGCGCGAGGCAGCCGAACGCGAGAGAAGGGCGGCCCUUGUCGCCGCAGCCAAGGAGAAGCACGAGAAGCAACUGCACGCUGAUGUUACUAAGUUAGAACGACAGAAGGAAAUCGAGAGAAAGAGGCAAGAGCUGGCUCGUAAAGUAGCGGAGACGGAGGAGAGACGUCGCGCAGAGGAGAACGCGAGACAACAAAGACUGGAAGAAGAGCAGAAAAAGAAAGCGGAAGAUCGUCGGAAACAACUAGAAGAAGCUGAUGCAAUGAAAAAAGAGGCGGCGUUAAUGGAACGCGAGAUCGAGAGGAAGAAGAGAGAGUUCCAAGAGAAGCACAAAAUGAAACAGAGGAUGGAGGGAGAAAAAAUUGGAACACCCUUGAAAUACCGAAUGGAGCCUGUGUACAUGGAAGGUGGUUUCCAGUUUCUCAACUCUGAUGAGGAAGCUUCUCCGGUGCGCAGACCGGAGCCUGCCUGGUCCACUUCUAAGAACCGCCUCCACAUGGCGUGUCUGCAAGACCGGCUUAAGACGUCGCAGGUGGACAAGCUGUUCUCGGUUCGCGAGCAAACGGCCGACCUUCGCGAGAUAUUCCCCACAAUUGAUCGUGCGCGCCUGAAGAGGACCUCUUCGGCGGUUUGGAGGACCCCGCCUAGCAGAUUGGCCGCGCUGCCCGAGUGA